AUGCCUUCGACCCGCAAUGCCGCUUCCGAAGUCCCGGACAUGAACCUCUAUAAACUAACCCGGGUUCACCGUACGCUUGAAAAGUUAAAAGACAAGCCAGAAUGGACAGCGGAUGACACCAAGACUUUUGACUGCAUGCACUAUCUGGGCGAUGCAGCAAUUGAGAGCGCCGCCAAGGAAUUGGGGCUCAGAGCCGGCGAGAAGGUCCUUGAUAUCGGAUCCGGCUUUGGCGGGACAGGCAGAUAUCUCUACCGACAUUACAAUGUUGCAACCAUCGGCAUCGAAUUGCAGAGGGAUAUUCACGACAUUGCGCAGGCUAUCAACGAGAGAUCCGGGGCUGCGGACAGGGCAACGUCCAUCAACGGCAACUUCCUUGAGCUUGACCCCAGUCUAAUGGGCGCACCUGUGAACCACAUUGUCUCUUUCCUCUGCAUCUUGCACAUCCCAGAGCGAAAGGCCCUUUUCAAGAAAGCGUGCGACGUCCUGGAGCCAGGAGGAAGAUUAUAUAUUGAAGACUUCUUUGCGCGUACAGCUCUUGAUAGCAAGACGCUUGAGGUACUUAGAGGUUCGGUCUCGUGUCCCUAUCUUCCUGAAAAGAGUCAUUACAUGGAAGAGCUCGAGAAAGCCGGCUUCGAGAUCAUCAACUGGGCAGACAUGUCAGACACAUGGACAGAGUUUGUGCACCGUCGUGCUCAAGAGUACAAGAAGAACCCUACUGUAGAUGCGGACUUAACAACAUUCUACGACGCCGUGGAUGAAGUGUUUAGCGGAGGCCAGGUCGGUGGAACAAGGAUUACCUGUCAAAAGAAGUGA